AUGAAUCAGCACCGAGAGCCUGUUGACGGAGAAUAUACCCAAAGCCUUAGAUCCUACGAGUUUGUAGUGCCGCAUAAAGUAACCCAUGAUGGGAAUUUUCUAACGUUUUCCUUGCCGAAUUACUUUAAACAUGACUACUCUUCAAAGCGACGCAGGCGAGACGAUUGUGACCCAGAUGUCAUCAACUAUAACCUCCACUUCAAUGGGAGAAGCCAUCACAUCCAAUUGUGGCCAAAUCAUGGGUUUUUGUCACCGGAAACCAUAGCAGAAUUCCACUAUCCUGGUUCAGAAACGACCAUUGUGGCGCGAAAAUUAAAGAGAGUUAAUCCAGCGUUGUGCCAUUAUACUGGAACGAUCAAGGGGAUGGAUGGCUCUAGGGCGGCCUUGUCUUUGUGCGAUGGAUUGGCAGGUUACAUUAAAACAAUUGAUGGCGUCUAUUACAUUGAACCUGUAAAGGAUUUUUGUGCUAACGAGCAAGGUCAUCACUUGCAUAUAAUUUACGGUCCUGACGAAUAUCGGUUUAAGCGCAAAGCACCAGAAAACGAGGAUCCAUCUUCAUCAUCAUCAUCUUUGGCCGAUGAUGGAUUUCACACAAACUGUGGCACAAAUGAAGAUUGGCGCAAGGGUUGGAAGCGUGCGUUUGAUACAUACUAUCAUUAUGAACAGGAGCAAUCGUACCAUCGCAAACAGCAGGGUAAUGGCACUUCCAACCAUGUUGAUAGGAGAAGAUCUAAUGGACCACAUCAUCGUUAUCUGGAAGUGCUCGUUGUAGCCGAUAAAAUGUUCCUCGAUUUUCAUAAGGAUAAAGAUCAUGAAAAUUAUAUACUGGCCGUGAUGAAUAUGGUAUCCGAUUACUUUCAUGAUUCAUCGACGGGCAAUCAAUUGGAUGUUGUCGUGGUACGCAUUAUUUACUUGGAUGAUACAAUCUCAGCACUAGAUCUAAGCGUUAGCCCAGAGGCUGGGCAGACGUUGAAGUCAUUUUGCAAGUGGCAAAGUGAAAUCAAUCCCAAAGAUCCCGAUCAUCCACAACAUCAUGACAUUGCGGUUUUAAUAACCAGACAUGACAUCUGCUCGGAUGAAACUAAAAAUUGCGAUUUAUUGGGAUUGGCAUACAUGGCGUCGGCAUGCGUACCAUCUGAUGCGUGCUCAAUUAACGAGGACAAGGGUCUGAUUCUCGGAGUCGUGAUAGCUCAUGAACUUGGCCACAUAAUGGGAUGCCAGCAUGAUUGUGAAGGCGAGGAAGGUUGUCCAGGCAAUUCGGGAUGUCCGCCGAAAGGCCAUGAUGAUUUCAACCAUGUUAUGGCUCCUUAUGUGACAUUAGCUACGACGGCAUGGUCAAAGUGUUCGCGAGCAUAUAUGAGGGAGUUAUUGGAGAAUAAUCUGGGCAGUUGUCUCUCCGAUGAACCUCAUGCUAGCUCUUAUAAAUAUGACGAAAUACUCCCUGGGGUAAUGUACGACGCCGAUUACCAGUGUUCAUUAAUAUUUACAAAUUCGACCCAUUGUCCUGUCGAACCAGAAUUAUUCUGCGACAAGCUUUUCUGCAAAGUUUCACCUUUCAAGUGUCAAUCGAAUGGACAACCUCCAGCUGAUGGAACUAAAUGUAGUGCAACCAAGUGGUGUUUCAAAAGAAAGUGCAUUCCGAUGGGAGAACGCCCAAACACCAUAGAUGGAGGCUGGUCCAAAUGGGGCAAAUAUAGUGACUGCUCAAGGACAUGUGGCGGAGGUGUUCAGGUUUCGGAGAGGACAUGCAGUAAUCCUUACCCUGAAAACGGUGGCGCCUACUGCCUUGGGGAAGAGAAGCGUUAUAAAAUCUGUAACACCAAGCCAUGCCCUCUAGGUACUCCUUCAUUUCGUGCCCAACAAUGCGCAGAAUUUAAUCAAAUUCCAAGAAAUGGUAAAUUCCAUCAAUGGGUUCCGUACUUUCCGGGCGGAGCUGAUGGCCCGAAUACUUGCAUUCUGUAUUGCAUCAACGAGGACCAUGUUUACGCGAAACUUUCACCGCGAAUCAAAGACGGAACUCCAUGCCGAAUUGGAACAAUGGAUAUGUGUCUGACGGGACAAUGUCGAAAGGUCGGCUGCGACUGGGUACUCGAUUCCGAUGCUGUGAAUGACAAAUGUGGCGUUUGUGAUGGCGAUAACUCAGGCUGUAAACACAUAUCUGGAAGUUUCUCCGGAGGAGGGUCAGGAUAUACUAAAGCGGCGAUUCUCCCGAAGGGUGCGCGAAAUAUUGUCGUACGUGAAAAUGCCUCAUCCGAAAACACAAUUGCAAUUUCCAAUAGAAACAAAAACUUUUAUUUAAACGGGGGCAAUCGUGAGGAAAGUGACGGAGAGAAAGCGCUUGGAAAAGAUCUUGGAAUAUACCUUCAUCCUCAGCCAAAUCAGGAGGAACUCUAUAUCGCUGGACCAUUACAUCAGACUUUGGUGUUUUAUGUCGUAUUCUACGAACCCAGGAACAUUGGCUUCACCUACGAGUAUUAUAUACGUGACAAAAAUUUCAGGGUUUAUUCGAAGAAAACUAAACGUCGUAGGGCUGAUAAGAGGCAAGUGGAAGUUAAUGAAAAUUGUGGUAACAAAUCAAAACCCAAAUAUCACUGGGAUUUUGUGGAAUGGAGUAAAUGUAGUGCCCGUUGUGAUGGAGGUGAAACAAUCGCCAAACCGGUUUGUGUCAACACUCAAGAAGGUGGCGGCAUUGUUAGUGAAGAUUGUUGCAAGGAUUCAGAUAGGCCCGAUCCGAAAGUGAAGAUAUGUAACAGAGGGCCUUGCAAAGCGAAAUGGCACGUUGGUGAAUGGGGCGUUUGUACCGGAUGCAAACACCAGCCAGGCUUCCAGCUAAGACACGUGUGGUGUGCAACCGAAUCGCCGCAUUGGGAGGAAACAGAUAUUCUCACGAACACCGAAAAGUGCAUCCAGCAAGAUGGCCCCAAACCGAAAUGCAAGCAACUCUGCACGAGCUCCUGUACGCCAGCAUGUAGCCGAUUUCACCGUGAUACUGACCAUUAUUCGCUUUCGGGGGAUUACGACCGAAAUUUCUUCCUGGAGUAUUUCGGGCGUAUAAAUACCAUUAAAUUGAAUCCGGAGGGGUUGAUUUUUGGAAUGGCAAAAACAGCGGAUAGAGCAGGUCCGAACGAUCCGUAUGGAAGUAUCAGAAAAUGUGAUUGUGAAGAAACGAAGUCCAGUCAGCAAAAUUCUUGCUCCGCCAAGUAUUCAACACAAGAAUCAGCUCCUAGUUCGACAGAACCUUAUCCGUCAGAACCUUGUCCACCAGAAUCCUAUCCACUUAAUAAUUCCUCGAAGGAAACUUGCUCACCAGACACUAGUCCAUCGGAACUCGGUCCACUAGAGCCUAAUCCACCAAAACCUUUUACGUUAGAACCCUGUUCAACAGAAACCAAUCCACCAGAGUUUUGUCCUUCAGAGCUCACUAAUCCAUCAGAUUCUUGUCUGCCAGAACCGUGCCCUCCAGAACCUUAUCCAUUAGAACCUUUCCCUCCAGAAACUGAUCCACCUGAGUCUUACACCCCAGACAUUUCUGCAGCUCUUCCAUUAUUUCGAAAAGGCGAAUCGUUUGAUUGCCAAGAAAAACAAUCUGAAAACAAAAUCCAAAACCCAGCUCCCGAAUCUGUCCCCGAGUUCUGUCGGGAUCAAUCUUCAGAGCUUGGCCCGUUGAUUCCAAUAAUUGGGAAAACUUCUAAAAAACAUAAGCCACUAGUGGAGUCCCGCCUUCGACUUCGUUUGAGACCUCAACCAAUCGUCCAUUCCGACCGGACAUCAGUAGUAGCUCCUGUUAGACCAGCUCCCUUAGAUACCCAAGGAAAAGGGAGACUAAUACUCUCCAGCAAGAAAAUAAAAAAAUCCAAUGAUGGAAAUAUGAAGGAAAAUCUGGUGCUGAAUGCUCACAGCAAACAGCACCAUCUUAAUCCAACCUUUAAGCGAGAAAGAGGGUUCCAACGUCGUCGCGCUGGGUCAAAACGAAUUAUUCGACGCGAAAGACAACAACCCCAAACCCACCUCCUCCACGGCAAAACACAUCCGAUGGCUGCCGUUUUGGUAGAAAAUCCUGACUCUCAACAGCUGAAACUCCGAAGCGGAUUCAAAGGCAAGAGAAGAUACAGAAAAAGCCGUCACGGCCGGGAGACAUCAACCCGAAAACCCUGUAUUGAUAUUGUUCAGGAUAAGAUCCCUCAGAAAAGUCUGGUAGUUAUCGAGGCGCCGUUGAAGGAGUCACCGUUAAACUUUUCGGAUUUCACUUUUGAACAUUUGGGGGAUGUGGCUUCUGGAACUCUAGAUUUAGCACAUGCAAAAAUCUUAUCUGGCACGGAAGCUAUAAAGGCCCAAGAGACCACGAGAAAUGGAACGAAGGAAAGCCAGUCCGACAUAAUCGGUAAUGAAUAGCACCAG